GAUGUCAGUGAGGGUGCUUUACAUCAAGGCUGAUCUAUGUGGGAAAAGAUCGUGCUGUGCUUAAGUCUGUACUUGGCAAGGAAACACACAAUAUGUUCAUGUGAUUUUGGGCCCACUCGAUCUUUGCUCUCCAAGGUGUGUGUGUGUGUGUGUGUGAGAGAGAAAGCAGAGGAUCAGUGGUGUGGUAUUACAGGAUUUUCUAACACAUUUCUAGUUCUCAGGUACAUAGACAACAACAAAUAUUCCAACAAAUAGCACUGCUCGCUUAGCAGAAUUCUACCGGACAGUUAUUCCUGUGUCGCUCUAACGGCCUACUUUGAUUUACAAAAAAAAUCUUCUUAUGGUCCACACAACAUUCAUGAUGGGAGCAGUAAUAGGGUUUAAGCCGACUUACGAGGACCUUGUUCAUGACCAAUGAGGAUUUUAAUAAUGUUUUUGCUGUUUUAAUGAAGAUUGACAUCUUUACUUUUGCAAGGAUUUCAGCUUUGCCAUUUUGAGCUUUUUUUCCUGCAACCCUCAGAAGUCAAGGACUCACCCAUGAUCUGCUUAAAGUAUCAGAACACUAAUAGCUCAGCAUCAGAGGAUCUUGGGUGCAGGAGAGGAGAGUUCAGCCGAAAACACUAUGGAUCAGUUGAACUGCUCAUCUCCAGUGAUGCAGACGGGGCCAUACAGAGAGCUGGGAGAUUCAGAGUAGAGAACGGCUCAAUAGAUGAGACCUCUGACUACACGCCUGGAACAUGGAGGAGAACUGAUGUCCAUUUGGAGAACCCAGAGUACCACACCAGAUGGUACUUCAAGUACUUUCUGGGAAAAGUUCAUCAGAACUAUGUGGGGACGGAUGCGGAAAAGAACCCCUUCUUCCUGUCUGUGGUUCUGUCAGACCAGAACAACCAGCGGGUCCCACAGUACCGAGCCAUCCUCUGGCGCAAGUCGGGUACUCUAAAAAUCAGCCUUCCAUACAGUCCAACAAAAACACUAUCAGUCAAAUCUAUAUUAAGUGCCAUGAAUGUGGAUCGUUUCGAAAAGGGCCCGAGGGAGAUCCUUAACCCAGAGAUUCAGAAGGACUUACUGGUGCUGGAGGAGCAAGAGGGCAGUGUAAACUUUAAAUUUGGUGUUCUUUAUGCCAAAGAUGGGCAGCUGACGGAUGAUGAAAUGUUCAGUAACGAAACAGGAAGUGAGACCUUUGACAAAUUUCUGAAUCUCCUUGGCGACACAAUCUGUCUGCAGGGCUGGGCAGGGUAUCGAGGAGGACUAGACACUAAGAACGACACUACAGGAAUGAAUUCCAUCUACACAGUCUAUCAGGGUCAUGAGCUCAUGUUCCAUGUUUCCACCAUGUUACCUUAUUCUAAAGAGAACAAGCAACAGGUAGAGAGGAAGAGACACAUUGGGAACGACAUCGUGACCAUCGUGUUUCAGGAGGGAGAUGACGCCUCUCCGUCCUUUAAGCCCUCUAUGAUUCGCUCCCAUUUCACACAUAUUUUUGCCUUAGUUCGAUAUAAUAGCCAGAAUGAUAGUUACAGGUUGAAGAUUUUCUCAGAGGAGAGUGUGCCACUGUUUGGCCCACCCCUCCCUUCCCCUCCAGUGUUCACAGACCACCAGGAGUUCAGGGACUUUCUACUAGUUAAAUUAAUAAAUGGAGAAAAAGCCACUCUUGAGACCCCCACUUUUGCUCAAAAACGUCAGCGUACGCUGGACAUGCUGAUCAGAUCCCUGUACCAGGAUCUCAUGCCUGACAUGCCCAAGGUUCCCUUCUCUCCGCAGAACAUGCUAAACCGACGCUCAUUCAGCGAUGUACUGCCAGAGUCGCCCAAAUCGGCCCGUAAAAAAGAGGAGGCACGUCAGGCUGAGUUUGUUCGGGUGGGGCAGGCCUUGAAGCUCAAAACCAUAGUUCGAGGGGAUGCACCCACCAGUCUAGUCACUACUGGACUUUGCAGGAAAGAGCCAUGGGAGUCACAGUCAUUCUGCAGCAGCUUCCCGUAUGAUAUAGUCUGUGGAGACUCAUGGGGACAGUCAUUACUGGUCGCCACAGAUUCAGCAGGGGUCAUGCUGCUGGAGGCCUCAGAUCCACUGUUCUCCAAUGUAGAUUCACCAACCCUGCCUCCGGUGCAGGUAUUUGACAAGACCUUGACGGUCAAACAAUUGCACGUGCUUGAACCUCAGGACCUCCUCAUUGCAAGAGCAGAUAAAGGGAAAGAUGCUCGACUGUAUGUUUACAGACUGAGCACGCUCAAAAGAGGGAUAGAGGAGCGGCAGCUUGUCCGCACCAAGUAUGACAGUCGGGAGAACAAGCUUGAGAAAACCAAAGGCUGCCAUCUCUACUCCAUAAACACACAUCAUGGGGUAGAGCUUAGAAUCGUUGCGGCGAUAAGAAACAAGCUUCUUCUGAUCACCAGGAAACAGUCACGCCUCGAUUGCCUCAGCUCUAUUGCUACAGUCACAGGGACUACUGACUCACCUGUGGAAGAGUUCCAAUACAUACGGGAGAUCUGUUUAUGUGACUCCCCGGUGGUCAUGGCUCUGGUUGAUGGCCCAACAGGAGAGAAUGACCACAUGAUCUGUGUGGCCUACAGACAUCAGUUUGACUUGAUCAAUGAGAGCACAGGAGAUGCCUACAGACUACACCAUGUAGAUGCCAACCGGGUGAACUUUGUUGCUGCCAUAGAUGUGUAUGAAGAUGGAGAGGCUGGACUACUUCUUUGCUAUAACAAUAUUUGUGUAUAUAAGAAGGUGUGUCCGUUUAAUGGAGCCACCCCUAUGAUUCAGCCCAACUCUUCAGACUUCCAUUUCAGCUGGAACCAAAUGCCCAACGCUAUUGUGUGUGCGUUCCCAUAUAUCCUCGCAUUCACCACUGACUCCAUAGAGAUCCGGCUAGUUGUUAAUGGCAACCUAGUAUAUACAGCUGUCGUUCCAGAAUUGCAGCUGACUGCAUCCAGAUCUGAUAUCUAUUUCAUCUCAUCAGCACCUAUAAACUCUGCCUCUAACUGUAGCUCCAGAGACACUAGUUCCCAGAGUUCCCCUCAGACUCCCACCGGCUAUGAGAUGCCUGUCUUCCCUUCACCGCUUGGAGAUGAUUGUAUUCGGAUCCCCUACGGCACCAAGCUAUCCCUCUACAUGUCUAAAGACUCUGAAGGUGAAGCUCCCUCAAAACACAUCUAUAAGAUCCCAUUGAGUAACCUAGUUGGACGGAGCAUAGAGAGGCCCCUCAAGUCUCCACUGGUCAAUAAAGUGCUAACGGCACCUGCCCCAAGUGUGAUCGGCCCCGCUCCCAUGAUCGCAAGCACAACCUCCCUCUCGCUGUCUCGCAUGGAGAUCAAAGAGAUCGCCAGCCGCACACGGAAAGAACUGCUGGGUUUAACUGAGGAACCCAGCAGUAAAACAGACGGUAACUCAGUGAAACAGAGAAGAAUGAGCAAGAAGAACAAGGAGGAAGAGCAGAGGAGAACAGCAGAGAUUAGCACCACUGAACAAGUGGGAAUGGAGUCUGUAGAGGGAGAAACUGACAUCCAGCGGCUUUGCUCAUCUGGCUCUGAGGUGGAGCCACGAGAUGAUAGCCCACCCACGGCCAGCCCUUUUACCUUAUCCACAUCUUUCGAGGAGGAUAUUUUGGACCUUAAGUGAUGACAAUCACAGUCUGUGGAUCUAAAGUGCACCUCUCACCUUACACAUCCUCUUACCUUUUACUUUAUAUCAUCCUUUUUAUCAUGUUACAUUGAAUUUUGUUUUUUCCUCAGUCUGCCCACCCAUUUCUGUGUGCAAAUGAAUCCCCAAAGCUUUAAACUUGAAGGAGUUUACAGUAUGGUGAUGUCAAAAUUCACUCCUAGUGGAUGUGUGCAUGUGUGUGUGUGCGUGCGUAUGAUCCUGUGUUUACUCUAUAAGAAAGAUAGGAAUACAACUAGAAAAUCUGAUUAUCAGCGAUCAUUUCAGAAUAUUGCUGAAAGAAAAACUGACCAAAAAUGUUGAAAACGCCCAAGAAUCUGAGUUAGCCAGUGUUUGAUUUAGUGUCUUAUGACUGACGAGACACAUUCUCCAUCAGCUUUGGGACAAAUUUGUAGCUUUGUAGCAAACCUGAAGCCAUAUGAACAGAAAUAGAAUAUUUAAACAAUUUUGGCAUGAAAGGUUUGAGCCAAAAUCUAAGGUCAAGACAAAAUAAUAUUACUUUUCACUCUAAGACCUGAAUGUAAGAUUGACGCUCCUAAAAACAAUGACACAUAUUUUUUAACUCCUUAUUUUGUGUUUUUAAAUGUUUUCUAUGUUUGUGAUUUGUACAUUGUGUGAUUAUUUCAAAGUUGUAAAAAACUCUAUAUGCAUCACGGACCAGAUGCACAUGAACAUACAAAUGUAAACAUACAUACAUAUAUAUAGAUAUAUAUAUAGAUAUAUAUAGUAUAUAUAUAUAUAUCUUUCUAGUUCUGUUGUAUUAUGGAGAAAUAAAACUCACUUCUUGUGUAUAUCAAUAUUAUGAUCUAACCUGCCUUCACCCAUACCAUGCUUUUAAACCCUGACAUUCAAACCCUUGGCAGAAACGGCAGGAGUCUCCCACAAGUGCCAUUUUCUACUGCACCCGUCAACCACUAGCGCCCUCUAUCAGACUGACCAUGAACUGCAUAUGUCAUGAGGCAGAAACAAACAAAAAUCAUUAAAGAACACAGUUUGGUAACUACAGCUGAUAAAUUUGCAGCGGUUUAUAAUGCUAACAGUAUAAGCUUCGAUCCAUGAACGUCCGCAUUUACAGGUACACAGUCAAACGCAUUCUUAAAGUGCUGUUGCUACUUCAAAAGGGCUCUGGAUCACCUGCAUGCCUCCCUUCAAUCCUACUACAAAAUAAAAGGGAUUUGAUGUAUUAAUGUUUUAGAAUUAGGAUGUAUUAUCUUUAUAUUUCUCAUGGAUUUGGUAAAAAUUCAAAAAAAAUAAAAAUAAAUAAAACUCUAGGAAUUCAAGCCAGGGUCAACAAAACUAGAAAACAAUACAAAAAUCUGAAACAUUAUUUUUGCUGUCUAAUAAGAGAACGAGAAUAUUGAUUCUGCUGUUUACAGUUCAAACUCAGAAUGUCAUCAAAGUGACACCAGAACACAAGAGCCUCAGGAACAGCACAAGAAGAGGAGUAAGUAUUAAAGUAUUAAAUUGCUUAGCUGAAUGCAUGACCCCACCCCCACCCCCUCCACCACUCUCAACCACUCUCAACCUUUCUUCAUCUGAAUGUGAACCACUCAACACUAGUAGCAGUCUGGAAUAAAAAGGGAAAACUUUGGAAUAUUUUUGUAAAUGAAAAGUUUUACAUAUUAUUUAUUUGCUAUAUUAGUUGUUCUUUGAGGGGAAUGGGUAAGCCAGAGACUGAAGGAAUAUAUUUUUCUGUUUUUUUUUUUUUGUUUUUUGUUUUUGGCAUACUGUGUAUUGUCUCCCUCUGUUCAAACUCCUAACUGUUUUUGCAGUGGUUUUGUAUCUAUAUCAAUAUUAACUGUUUAGACUGUUGCAGAAACUCUGUGAUAUCGGAAAUUAUAUUAAAAAAAUGAAUAAAAAAACACCAAGUGUCUUAAAAUAUUGUAUUGCCAUUGUUUUUAAUGCCAAGUACUACUUGUAAAUGUUUGUGUUUCAAAUGUGGCCUCAAAAAUAUUAUUAUUAUUAUUAUAGCAUUUAUUUGAAAAAGUGCUGUAGCCCACUGCUGUAGUUAAUAUUGUUCAUUGAUAUGAAAUAAAUAUUUAUGAAAUUUGA